CGUUUUUAUUUUUAUGAAAAAUCUAUUUACACAAAUAUGAACAAUUAAAUAUACUAUAUACUACCAAUAACUCAGUAAUAAUCGAUUUAACCAAGCUUGAUUAGUAAAAUAUCGGUUUAUAUCCAUCUGUAUUGUUCAACUUUAUAGUAAAGUAUCCAACGCCUCUCAUAUAUAUCUUUAUUGGAGUUUAUAUUCAAUAUUCUCUGAAUGAAACACUAGUAACAUAUAUUACACCAUAAUAUAUUCUGGGUAAAUCCUUUAGAUUCAGUUGUAUAGUCCUCUACAUCCCUUGUGUAUUUUAUUGGUAUAAGCAUUUUUAUGUACAUUAUUUGUUCCCCCCCCUUAAAUGACAGUCAAGGGAAUUUGUAUAAAUAAUGACAGUCAAAAUUUAAAAAAAUCACUUUUACCAUCUUUUCUUUCUUUCACUUUGUUCAUUAAUAUCUCAAGCUUUAUUAAAAUGAGUGCUGAAGAGUUAUCAUCAGAUGAUUCAUCUUACAAUGGUUCAAAGGCUUUCAAUAUUAUCCUUUCACUUAGUUACAUUGUUACCUUUGGAUUGAUUAUGUAUGGUAUAUUCUCCACAUUAUCAAUUGCAUUCAUUAUUAGCAUGUUUAUGCUCUUAAUAUACCUUUUUGUCCUUUCUGUGAUUGAAAUGGAACAUUGUCAACAUCCUGGAAGUCUCAGUGAUAAUGUCUUUCACUUGAAAAACUUGGGAUGCAGUUGCAUUAGAAGUUUUAUAAUUUUCUGGGCCUUUGUUAUGUUAGUUGUGGUAUUAUGUAUCUCUCCUAAAAAGGGCUAAAUCUGUUGACAGAACCAGAAUGAUUAUCUUUACAAUGUGUUGUUUUGUUGAAUAAUCCAAUCCACAAUCUGAAUGGUUCAAUAUUGUAUAUUCUUAUUUGCUCAUCAAUUUAAGGUUCUUGCUCAUUAAUAAAUGAAUUAAAUAUGU